CUAUAUAUCCUUGAAGUUUGAGAGAGACACCCGUAGUCUCAUGUGCUUUUAAUCUAGACUGCUGCUUAAUCGCCUCCCUAGAUAGAUAUGCUUGGAUAGUUCAAGACUUCAAGCUACUUUAUUUUUUCGUGAUCAACACCCUUGAGAGAGAGAGAGAGAGAGAGAGAGAGAGAGAGAGAGGAGGAGGAGGAGGAGAUCGAAGAAGAGAUCGUCAUAGAUGACAUCCACUACCUCACAGGCCAUGCUGAACCAGCAGGGCUUGUUUGAUCAGAAUCAAGAUCAGGCUCCUAUACAGAUGGGUUUCUUUUCCUACCCACCAAAUAACUUGACCUUCUCUUCGUUGGGAUGUCAACAAUCCCUCAAAGCCUUGAGUUCCUUACCUUCUUCACUUGGUUCUGACGAUCACCAUGCACCGUCGACCAAUCUCUCUGAAACCCUAAUCCCAUCUCUCAAUAUUCCUCUAAAGCAUAGAGAAGCUCAUAUCACUUCUGAUUUUGGAGGAUCCCAACUCCUUUCUUUGCAAAGAUCAAGUGCAAAUCUCUGGUCAUGGGGGGAUCAGGUGAGUGAAUGCCUGAGCAGCAAGAGAUCAUCAGGCGAUAUUCAUGAUCAUCAUCAUGUAGGAUUAGGUGUUUCAGCAAUGAAGAUGAAGAAGAUAAAGGCGAUUAGGAGGAAAGUGAGGGAGCCCAGGUUUUGCUUCAAGACAAUGAGCGAAGUUGAUGUGCUUGAUGAUGGUUACAAGUGGAGGAAGUACGGACAGAAAGUGGUGAAGAACACACAGCAUCCCAGGAGCUAUUAUCGUUGCACCAUGGACAACUGCCGCGUAAAGAAACGUGUAGAGAGAUUAGCUGAGGACCCGAGAAUGGUGAUUACAACAUACGAAGGGAGACACGUACAUUCUCCAUCUCAUGAUCUCGAAGAUUCCCAAUCUCCAUCUCACCUAAAUAACUUCUUUUGGUAAGACUCAUGUUAAUGUAUAUGUAAAAUAUUAUAUGUCAAUUAAGCUAAUGAAUUUGUGAAGACCAUGUGAUCAACGUUGAACAUUAGUUAUGGCCUGUGCUUUAGUUUUGUGUUAAUUGACAGUGUUGGAGACGAGGAUAGAUCGAUCCUUAUUAUGUGGUGCUUCAAUGCCCCUUUUUGUUGGGGCUCCAGUCUCCUACUGUAUGCCUAAUGAAUAAAACAUAUUGUAAUUUUACUCAAGUACCGGUGCUUCCACAUUUUGCGGAGUUCAGCUUUCA